GGUACAGCAGGGUCUCUCUGAGCAGAGGGAUCCAGAGGCCAGAGGCUGCAUGGGGGCCACUAAGGAGCACUUCCAGCCCUGGCAAAGGUGCCAGUUCCCCGUGGGAGGCCAGGAAGACCCUCAACUACCGCUGCAGGAGGGGCACUGGGCCUUUUCCCAGAGAGGGGCUGACUGUCCCCUACUGCCCUCAGGGUACUCAGCCCUCAGGAUACUCGGCCCAAGCACAGCCAGGCCUGAGGAGAGGGGAGAGGUGUCUGCCCUGCGAUGCUAGCCAGUUCAUGCUGGGCUGCCUUGCUCCAGGUUGUAGAUGUGGCCAAUGGCCCAGCUGUGGGCUGUUGUGGGAAAGGCUGCCGCCAGGCUGGCUCCUUCACCAGUUUCAAGUUACAGGCAGUUUUUGAGUCUGAGCUCUUGGUGUCACCACAUGGGCAGGGGGCUGCCUCCUGAGAACCCAUGAGGAGCCACAAGAGGAGUGGGGAAGUGGGCUGGCCCAGCUCCUAGAGUCUGGGUCUCUAGAAGCGAAGGGAAAGUGAAGGGGUGGGGGCAUGGGCUCCUGGGAAGGACAGACUUCCAAGUCUUUGCUUGGGCCAGUGGGAAGACUGAGCGGACUGCAGGUGGCCAGGGGCCCCCCUGCUCACCCAGGGGUGCUUGUCCCCUGAAGGCCCAGGCAGGGGCCCACCGCCCUGAAGUCAGGAUGCCCCUCAGACAAUAGCUCGGCUGGGGGAGUGCUCCUCGCUCCCACAGACUAACCCUCGGGCAAAGGGAUUUCAGACCACAGUCCAGCAGAACUGAGCCCUGAGGCCACCAGCGCCUGGCACAGGCAGCACACAGCUGAGGGCGCAUCAGCCUCUGAGAGGAGUCAGGAGGAGGGGCUUAGGGGGCACAUCAAUUUCCUGGGGUGGCCACAGCAAACUACACAAACUUGGUAGCUUAAAACAACGAAAGUGACAUCUCUCAUGGUCCUAGAGGCUGGAAGUCAGAAGUCCAGGUAUGAGCAGGGUCCCUCCUGCCUCUUCUGGCCUCUGGGGUUCCAGGUGUCCCCGGGCUUGUGGCCACAGGGCCUGUGGCCCUCUGGCCACUGCCCACCUUCUGCUGCCUUCUCCCCUCUGUGUCUCCUGCUCUCUGCCUCCCUCUCACGAGGACGCUGGUCGCUGGAUUUAGGGCCCAUCAGAUAAUCACAUCUGCCAAGACCAUUUCUCCAAGUGAGGUCACAUCCCUAGGUUCUGGGCCUUAGGAUGUGGACACAUACUGCAGGGGGCCACCGUCCACCCUACAGGAAGCAAGUGAAGGCACUCUAAGAGGAGACGCCCUGGUGACCCAUGCAAGGCUCUGCAGGGUGGAGGAAGGGGCCGUGCAGGGCAGCCAGAGGCCCUCCCACCGCCCCUGGGCUCCCAGACCUGGCUGUCAGCCCCAUCUACCAUUGGGGAGGCAUGGGUCUGCAGAGCCCCACUUUCCGUUUUGUUAAGUGAGGGCUCCACAUGCUGAGGCUGUGGUGAGGGGAAGUGAAGGGUAGCAGCUGAAGCACAGUGGGUCAGGCUUGUGGUCUGGGCAUGGACCUGGGGGUCUUGAGAAGGCUCGGGAAUGACCCUGGAGGAUGGAGGACCCGAAUUGGGGCUGUGCAUGUAAUGCCCCUCUUCCAAACUCAGUCAUUCCCUGCCCCGCCCCCGGGCCGGCCUCCAGCCCCUCCCCAUCCACCUGCUCACCUCUGGGCCACUGGGUUGUGGUUGCUGGGAGACAGUUGCCUGGUCACCACUGUUGUUUCCUGGGCAGAGGGCUCACACCACCUUAUGGGGCAGGUAAGAGGGACAGGCAGGCCACAGCGGGGUCCUGGCUGGGCAUGAAGGCUGGAGCCAGCUGUGCUGUGGCCCCUACCUGGCCCCGCAGCCCACAGGUGCCCUGUGGGUCCUCUAAGACUCUGUCCAAGAGUAUAAUGGAGGGGAGAGAGAAUAGGGGAGGAGGGGAGAGCUGGGCAGAGCCCCCUCUGAAGAGGGCCCAAGCACCCAGGGCCAUAGGGUGAGGAGCAGAGACACCCAGGCCGGGCUGAGCAGGGCAGGCCUCCCGGGGGUGGCAGCCCCUUAGGACCAGCUGCUUUGGUCAAGACCAGAUCUGUCUCCCUAGACCAAACUCCAAAAGGAUGGCCUCCUAAAAUUCACAAGGACCCACAUCCCCACAAACAGCUUAGCCCUGGCCAGAAAGCGCCGGCUGGAUGAGCAAAGUCAGCACUCCCAAGUGCCCGCGUGGCCAAGCGUAUAUCUGGGGAUGGGCCCAGUAGGACAUGGUGGCCUCUCGUUUCUCGGACGUUUCCUUCAGCUUCACCAAGGUCUUCCACUCAUCACACCAGGGUGCCGUUUCCUGCCAGUCUUUUUACCUGACCAGGUAAACGGCUUCUUUAAAAGUUCAUUAUAAAGUUGGGUUUUCACUGACGGUCCCUGCUCUGCUGCAGCCCUCUUGGGAGCCCUGGUGCCAUCCUGCCUGUGGGACUGUGGCUGCCCAAGCUGCAUCGCCAGUGAUAACAUUCCCUGAACAUCUUCCGGCAAAAGCUUUCUAUUUAGAAUGAGUCUGUCAGAGAGACUCUGAGAAAGGUGAUUGUGGGGACAUCCCCCAGUGGUCCAGUGGGUAUGGUUUCACCUACCAAUGCAAGAGUUGUGGGUUUGAUCCCUGGUCCGGGAACUAAGAUCUCACAUGCUGUGCAGUAAGGCCAAAAAAAAAUAAAUAAUAAAUAAAAAAGAGCAAUUGCUCAACAAAGGCUCUGGGAGCUGUAGCUGUGACGCCCCUGACCCCGCCCACAACCCCACCAGCCAUGUCCUGCAGCCCAGGGACACCACCGUCAUCACAAGUGUGUAUGUCCAGGGUAGGAGUUCUUCUUAAUCUUUGUUCAUUUGAAUGACAAGAAACGGUAAUUCAUGGCCUGUUUAAUUCUUUGCGGAAGUAAUAAAAUAUACAGAGUGAAGACAGGCCAGAGGCCCAGGCUUACAAGGCUUGUUCUGAAACCCACGCCCUCACGCCCAAUUCCGGGCUCCUGUUUCUGGCAGCGCCCACUGCUGCGUUCAGAUGACACCCAGAAGUUAGCCAGUGCUGGGCUGUGGGGCUGGGGGCUCCCUCCACACCCCCAUGCUCACACGAUAACCCCCAGCGAUGCUCCCUGAGGGUGGCCACUGCUGGCAGCAGCCUGGCGUUCCCGUCCUCACUGUCGUCAGGCAGGCCCUCCUGGAACAUGUGUGACGAGGCAGGUAUCUGCACGUGUCACGUGUAGGAACUGUCUUCACAGCAACCCCCUCAACUCUCUCUCAGGUGGGGAAACCAAGGCACAGAGCAACAGCCCAGAGAGUCCCAGCAUCCUGUCCCCAGACCUCCCGCCACACUGGGCUGGCUGCAGAGCCUUACCUCCUGAUUUGAGACUUUUCAAGGCUCUUUCCUUGUAUUCUUCUUUCCAACCCACUCCCCUGCCUUGAACUUCCCACAAGGUUGUACCGCGUUUUUAAUUCCUUCAAGCUGGUCCACCUUGUCUGUCCCCUUGUGCUAACCGCCCAGCCCUCUUCUCGGGUGAGGAUGGCAGUCCUACCCUGGCAUGUCUCUAGGGCCACGUCCCUGUGCCUUCUGCCCACCUUCGCCACCCAGCCAACCUCUCCUCUCCUCUGAGCCUGACUGUGCAGCUGCUGUCUCUAUGUGUUGACCUCCUGCUCACACCUGGGGGGGCCUCUGCAAGGUGUCCGUUGACCCAGUAGCUGCUCAGGUGGGAGUGCUGGGGGGUAGUACUACCCGUCAUCCUCUCGGGGGCCUCCAUCCCCAGAAGGUUUGGGUCUCAGGCAACGUGGAGACACGUACACACCACACGCACCCUCCCUGUUCUCAGCAGGCACCACUCCCCACCCCAGUCAUGCUGGGCGGAGUCAGCCCCACUAAGGAGGGUGGGGCAGGGCUGGGAAGGGGGCUCAAGGUCAUCCACACGGCUUGCCCCACUCUUGGCAGAAGGCUGAGACCCUCCCUGCACCCAGCCACCACCCAGCCCCCAUCACUGGGUUGACAGCUGUUUCCAGUUUACCCUCUUCUGUCCUAAAUGGGGACAAAGGUCUUGGUCAGCAUCUCUAGGGUGACCAGUUGGUUUGUUUGCAAAGCGACUGUCCUCUUUGGAGGAGCCUCUGUGUGCCUGCCCACGCUCCAGGCUGCUGGCCUUUCCACUGCUUGUGGCUCUUCAGUUUCGGAAAACCCUAGCCUCCCGAGCCGCCCCCAAACUGGGAAGGACGUGUCAAGGAAUAGCUAAAAUUCCCUAAAAUGUUCCCAACUCAGCCACUCAAGAAAGGUGCCCCAGGGAGGCAUCGUUCUAGGGGCAGGGCCCACAGCCCCACUGACCCUGGGAGGGGCCCACUGAAGGCUGUUCCCCCCGAGCCCCACAGGCCUGACAGCAGCCCUCCUUACAGCCGGCCCCGUGGCCGAGUACAGAGACGCCGACCACCGACGAACCGUCCCUGCAGGGAAGGACUCGCCCCGGACAGACAGGAUGCAGAGAUGGCCCUGCCCCCAAGGGGCACCCGACCCCACAGUCACCACAGAGACUGGAACCAGACCGGAGUCCAGCACUCCAGGCAGCACCCCUCCCCGCACAGGGUGGGCCCGACCAGGUGCCCAGUUCAAGGGCUAGGACAACAGGUUGCCCGCAGGGCCCGCAGAGGGGUGGGGGCCAUGUCUUCCCAGAGGUACCCCUGCCCAGGUACCCCAGCAUCUGUGGCCCGCAGCUGCACCCACUUUCUCCACCGCCGAGGACCACCCCCUCGGACCCAAGUCAGCACAAAGAGAGGCAAGCGGUCAAGGAUGGCAGGGAUCCGGCGGGGCCAUGCCCGGGCACCAGGCUGGGCCCAUGAGAGACCCAUGGGGAGCCACAGAGAGGAGGGGCUCCUGCAUCAGCUAAGCCAGCUGGACCAAGAUGCAGAGCUGGACGACUCUGAAGCCAUCAGGCCCCAGGCCGCCCUCCUGGAGAAGCACUUUCUGGAGAGGGAGAAGCAGCCACCCAGUACCGGGCAGGGCCCCUUCUUCUACAUCGGAGGGACCAACGGGGCCUCCAUAAUCAGCUCCUACUGCAAGAGCAAGGGCUGGCGGCGUAUCCAAGAUAGCCGGCGGGAAGACUACAAGCUCAAGUGGUGUGAGGUCAAGUGCAGAGACACCUACUGCAACUUCCGGGAAGGCAAGCAGCUGCUGUACCAGCUUCCCAACAACAAGCUCCUUACCACCAAGAUUGGGCUGCUCAGCGCCCUGAGGGAGCACUCGAGAGUCCUGAGCAAGACCAGCAAGCCAGCCCCCUGCGCACAGACCAAAGUCCUGAAAAUGGAAGACUUUUUCCCAGAGACCUACCGUCUGGACAUCAGGGACGAGAGAGAGGCUUUCUUCACCCUCUUUGAUGAAACCCAAAUGUGGAUCUGCAAGCCCACAGCCUCCAACCAGGGCAAAGGCAUCUUUCUGCUCCGGAACCAGGAGGAAGUCACCACCCUCCAGGCCAAGACCCAGAGCAUUGAGGAUGACCCCAUCUACCGCAAGAUGCCAUUCCGGGCACCCCAGGCGCGGGUCGUGCAGAGGUACAUCAAGAACCCGCUGCUGCUGGACGGGAAGAAGUUUGAUGUGCGCUCCUACCUGCUCAUCGCCUGUGCCAUGCCCUACAUGGUCUUCUUCGGCCACGGCUAUGCUCGCCUCACCCUCGGCCUUUAUGAUCCCCAUUCCAGCGACCUCAGUGGCCAUUUAACCAACCAGUUCAUGCAGAAGAAGAGUCCCCUGUAUGUGCUGCUCAAAGAGGACACGGUGUGGAGCAUGGAGCACCUCAACCGUUACAUCAAUGACAAGUUCCACAAGACCAGGGGCCUCCCCCGAGACUGGGUCUUCACCACCUUCACGAAGCGGAUGCAGCAGAUCAUGGCCCACUGCUUCCUGGCCGUCAAAGCCAAGCUGGAGUGCAAGCUGGGCUACUUUGACCUCAUCGGCUGUGACUUCUUGAUCGAUGAAAAUUUCAAGGUGUGGCUGCUGGAAAUGAACUCCAACCCCGCCCUGCACACCAACUGUGAAGUCCUGAAAGAAGUGAUUCCCGGCGUGGUCAUGGAGACCCUGGACCUGGCGCUGGAGACCUUCCAGAAGAGCCUACGCAGCGAGAAGAUGCUACCGCUGCUGUCCCAGCGCCGCUUCGUGCUCCUGCACAACGGGGAGACGGACCUGUGGCCGUGCCUGGGGGGCUCCCGCAACGUCCCCCGCCCGCCGCUGCCCCCACUUCGGCCCACCUGCGACGCCGCGCCCCUCGAGCCACCCCUGCUCCGCGCCACCGACCGGCCGGGCGCGCGCAGGCCCGCGCCACGCCGGGGCCUCGGCGGCGCGCCAGUGCGGCCCUCCUCCGCGCAGCGGCGCCCCCGGCCUCCCGUCCCCGCCCCCGACGGCGCCCUGAGUGGAGACCCCGAGGCCCAGGGCAGUGGGCAGCAGCGAGUGGGCGACGCGGACCAGGUACGCGAGCUUUCCCCGGGGCCGGCAGAAGAGGAGCGCAAGAACGCGGGCCAUCGCGGCUCCUAGCUGGCGGACUACCGGCGCUCUCCCAGGGACCUAUAAAAGCUACUUUGUUACAAGCGCGGCCUCUGCCCCGCACACCCGGCCCCAAGACCCCCGCUGGCAGCCUCCCUGAACCCUUCGAGCCGCUACUUCACUGAUGGGACCCGUUCCUGGGGGAACAUGGGAGUGGAGGGAUGAGCCGCCGAAUCCGAACCCCUGACUUUGCCCAUCAUGGGCUGCUUCCAUCCGGUGAAGCUCUCCAGUUUCUGGGCCCCCACGCAUCACCUAUAGCCUGCCUCCAUCAAGACCCUGGGUCCCUGCAGCCUCACAUGUCACCUACCCUGCUGCCUAGUCUGCGGUCCCUGGGAAAGGCAGCCAGUGUCUCCCAGGCAAGGGUCUGGGUCCCCACAGCCCCCUCCAGAUCCCCACAGGAGCGUUCUUCACACCAGGCCCCACCCUUCCCAGGCUCAGCUCCUUUCUGGGGCUUCAGAGCACCAGGGCCCUGAGCUCCCCAAUGGUGCCACGGUGGGAGCUAUACAGCAGGCAGAGCAUUGCGAGGCCCCAAGGACCCAGACUGUGGGCAACAGGUGCGUGGUCAUGCAGGACGGAGCCCUGAGGGGUGUGCCGAGCCAGCAUGUCCCCAUGUUCCUUGUGGCCCCAACCCCGAGGCUGCUGGGAGAAACCCGCUACCACCAAGCAUCCUGGACCAGCCAUAAUCCCCUCUCCACACCCACCAUCCCACACCGACCCCAGUCCAGACCCACCCCUAGGCCCACUGCAGCUGGCACCCCUCCUCCUGCGCUGCCUUUCACGUACCCCACCCUCACCUCUCCCAUCAGUCACCACCAAGUCACAUGCCCUCCUCCUGUCCUGCCAACCCUCACUCAUGACCCCAGUGGGCUCCACCACAGGUGGAAGGGGCUGCUGGGACCCUUGUUCUGAUCUGCAUUGGAGUGCGGAUGGGACCUAACGGGCAAUGGGGCUUGUCUUCCCCUCCCCCAUUGCCCCUCCCCCUCCUUUCCCAGAGGUGCAAGGGCCAGAGCACGCUAGAGGGCAGCGUGGGCCACGGAGCCACCGGCCAGUCCACAGAGAUGUGCAGUCAGUCAGGGAGUCAGGGAGAGAAGAGCCAAAUGAAACCUGGGGCUCAGAGAGGUAGAGACAGUCCUCCCAGGUCACAGAGCCAGUGAGGGCCCAGGCCAGGACCGACCUGCCCUGUCACUUACAGCUCACCCACGCAUCCCCAACACUGCACUCCCUCCUCGUCCUGCUGCUGUGGCCAGGAGUGUAGGGUCACCAGGGCAGAAGCACGCUUGUCACCGUAUGACAAGGGUCCAGGAGCCCUGAGUGCACCUCCCCCCCACCAGUGUGUCUGGUGGGCUCUCCAUGAAGCAUCAAGCUCAGCACUGCCACUUCUGCAGCCUGAUGGCCAGCUCUGCACCCCGAGGCUGGGGAGGGUGAAAACCAGUCUCCAUCAGGGAGAGGUGGCCCCCUGGGUAGGCAGAGCGCACCCACAUCAGUGUCUUCAGGGUCUGUACCAGUCUUUCCUUACUGGGGUGAAGGUCACUGCACAGCCAUGUCACCACAGGCUCAGCCCCUGGUUGCCCCUGAGGGGCCUCUACACUCCGUGUCUCAGCCUCCAGGCCUCUCCUGCCCCUUCCUCACAUCCUGCCCACAGGGCCUUCGCCCACGCUGUCCUGGGGCUCAUGACUUGGCCCAUGGUAGAACUGUGCUGCCCCUGGAUGCUCCAGCUCUCCUCCAGCAAGACUGAUCCCCAGCCAGUCAAGGCAGUAUCUGCAGAGGUGACCUGAUGCUUGAGGGGAAGCUGGUCUGAGGCCUCCAUUGUCCCUGGGCCCUGAGUAGGUGCAGUGGCCCCCAGGGACCAUGGUGGGGUGAGACAUGCACAUCCUGACUGGGCCCCCAUCCCUGGGCAACCCCAAACCCUGGACUGUCCGCAGCUCUUGGGCCCCUGGUACCCGGAGAACCUGGGUAACAGUAAAUGAGGUUCUCCUGCUGCUCGUUCAUCCCCAGAGGUGAUGGCCGCACGCUUGCCCCCCAUCUGGAUCCUGCAGUCCCUGGCAAUCAGGAGUCUGUUUCCAUUAAAGAGCCCACAGGACUCAGAGGACCCCCUCAAACCCUCUUCCCUGCCAUGUGUCUCCAAAUAGAGGGGUCAGAACAGCCAUGGCCCAAAUCAGUGUCUCUGGAAAGACCUCUCCACAGGGCAUGGCCACUUCUUAUUGGGAAGUGGGGGUUUGGGGCCCUGAAAACCACUGCAGAGCCAGAGCUCAGCCCAGUUGCAGAGAAGUGGCCAUGGUGCUGAAACCAUGGUGGGGACUGGGGGGAGUGAUGGCCCCGAUUCCUGGUCAGGGCCCUUGAAUGGCCAGACUUAGCACCAUGGACCUAUCUGAUUGGUGAGGGAGCAGGCAGGGGCCACCUGCCUUUGGACAGCCCCCUGAGGACUGGGGCCAGGGGAGGGCAGACAUCCGGUUCUGUCUAGGAAGAGUUCCCUUCCUAUGCCCACUACGGGCGUGUCUGUCCGCUUGGGAGGGUGUCCCACACUGGCUGAGUCCAGAUCUCAAUGAAGCCGGGGUUAGGGGCCUUUUCAAGCAAGGCGAGGGUGGGACGCUGCUGUGGCCGGAAGCACUUCUGGGAACAGAGGAUGGCCUCAGGGCCCUUAUCAGACUGAACACACACCCUGGAGCCUGAUGAGGAGGAGGAGGGGAGGAGCUAAGCAGCUGGAGAGCCUCUCUGGUUGGGGUUGAUUUCCCUGGGGGAGCAGCAAGGGGCUGGAGCUGGCCUGGGCAGAAUCUCAUCUUUGGGUCAUUCUUGGGCUUCGUGACCUAUACCUGUGCCCAUCCCAGCACACUGGGCUGAGCAGGAGAGGGUGGGAGCCCCUCAACACACCAGCCCCCUCCGUUCCCCACAUAUCAGCACUCUUGAGUCUCCUGUGCCUCCCACUGCCCUGAGCUCUGCAUCCCAGGCCCACCCAGGGCCUCCCUCCUCCCAACUUGGACUUGCUCAGGCUUCCCUUGAGAAAGUGACUGGGCUCUGACUGGUGGGAGCCCGUGCACACCCGGCCCUGGACAACCCACCUGAGCCUCCUGCCUCCUCUCAACCUAGCCCCUCCACGCCCCUUCCUGCUCUGUGGGAUUUCAGCUGGGGCGCCUCAGUUCAGCUCAGGUCUAGCUUGCUAUCAGCUCCCAGGAGGCUGCCAGGGAGGGACAUGAGUCCAGGAGUGGGGAGAACAGGGAGUGAGCAGAGGGAGCUGGGGUGACCAGUAGUGGGCAGGCCUGGUGGGGCAGAGGUGCUCUGCAGGGAGGAGAGGAACGUGGAGGGAGGGCCUGGUCCAGUGGCAGGGGGUCCCUGAGUCGUCCUCACUGCCCACCCCCCCAAAAGCCUGGCCUCCCUCUUCCAGUCCCUGUGCUGGGCCGGGCAAGUCCCCCUGUGUCCUGCCCGCUGCGGAGCAGGAAUCCCCCGCUUGCUCCACGUCACCUUACCUGGCGUCACCCCACCACCCACGGGCUGACUUUCCGGGCACUCCUCCCACACCAGCCGCCUGCGAGGACUUUCCGCACUGAGUCAGCGGAACACGCUCCCCGCCCGCGAGGCUGUCUAGGACCUGACUCCUGGCCUCAGCAGGGGGCUGAGCCAGGGUGGGGACCCCUUCCCCACAGGUUGGGGAGGGGCAGUCAAGGGACCCAGGUGACGGCGAUGAGGAGGGUCCUCCUGGAGGCGGGUGGGCGAGGGUUGGUGAGGGACAGGAGAUCUGGCUUGGGGGCAGAGGAGGAGCCUAAGGGUGUGGCAGCUGGUUGGCUCCCUGGGCCCCCAGAGCUAGGACCCGAGGGGCAGGCAGAGAGAAGCGACUGAGGGGGCUGUUCUCCCUGUGUGAAUAGUCACAAGCAGGCCACGCCCCUCCUUCCAGGCAGAAGCGGGCUGUGCCCCACAAGGGAUGGAAUGCAGGGUGCAGAGCCCCUCUCCCCUCCACUUCCUGCUCUGAGCUGGGCCCACCUGCCCCCCUGGAACUAGGUGGGGUUGGGGACCAGUGAAUCAAGGGGCUCUCCUGGGCAGCAUGCAGGUGGGUGGGGAGGGCACGGUGAGCAGGGGAGAGGGGGACGGUGCUAGAACACUUGGGGCCACAGACAGCAGGGGGGCCAGGUGUACUGACAGCUGGAGAGGGCUGCUGCCAAGACCCGUCUCCACUGGCCCGCCAGCCACGCCCUGGGUGCCAAGGAGACCUUAUCAGACUCCCCAGGGGUUGUGCUGUCAAGAGGCUGAAAAACACUGCUCGCCUCUAUUGGGCAAAACCCCAGGACAGUGCCCCAGGAGCGAGGGCCCUGUGAGGUGGUGGAGGCCAACAGGAGGGCUUGGACAGAGGGCUAGAACCAGGCCACUCUGAGGCUGCCCACAUCCACCAGGAAGUGUGGGCGGAAACUUACCUUGCCCCAGAUUGGGGCCCAAUGACCCAAGGGCAGGUACCCCACAGGAACCAGCAGGACAUGCAGCCAGCCCAGAACCAGAGUCUGGAGCACCCACGGCACAGAGACCAGACACACACCAAGGACCCGGCUGCCCGGGCAACUGCCUGGCCAACCACAGGAGAAUGGGUUUGGAUAGGGCAGCCAAGAGGCACAGAGGACAGGGGUCCAGCAAAACAUGCCUCCCCUGUGGUCCCAGCUGAGGGCUUGUGCUGAGGACUGUAAUGGCCCCACUUCACCCCACCCCCAC